GAAACAGUUGAGGGAUAUGAUCCAUUGGAAUUAACUAUAAUAUAUUCGAAUUUUAAUGAAGCAUCUGAAAGAAUUCUCGUAAACUGUAAUUGUUUUCUACAGUUUAUAGCAAUUUUAGAUGAUUCAAUUUGGGCGCUAACAUAUCAUUAA